AUGUUGCGAUGGCAGCUGUUAGUGAUUCUUAUAGCCAGUUCUACAACCGAUGCAAUUCGAUUCAAACGUCAAUUAUCUAUCGAUGACUUGAUUUCGAGAGCGCUCUCGUUAGUUCGACCGAUUUUCGACACGUCACAACCGUUGCAAAACGAUGAAAUGUUAAAGAAACAGCCAGUUCCAUCAACGGAUGAUGUUCGGGACUCUAGCAUUCUUGGAGCUCGUGCUGCACAUCCCCUUGACGAUAUUCCACUUUGUAAAGGAAGCAGCAGAAUUUGUCAGUUCAUCUCGUGCUCUGCGGAAAACUUCAAAAAAGAUCCUACAUUCGGAAAUAUACAAUUGGCAGCGCAGAAGGUUUUGCUGAUGAGGGCGGGGCUUAGCAGAACGAUGAAUAGUUUGGUUCUUUCAAAUACAUGCAUUGUGGAUAAAAGUUGUUUUUUUAUCAAUCCCGAGGCAAUCACGGCCGUGUGCAAAGAACAAGGGAUGGAUGAAGGCCAAUGCAAGCUUUUCUCAAAUGGUUUCCAACUCAUCGAUAGGUUUAUAACAACCAUCGAGUCCAGGUCUCCAAGUAAAAUGGAACCGCCAAAAACAGAAGCACCGAAAAUUCCGGAAAGAAUGGAGAAUGAUAUUAUGAUGGAUGAUGCUGAAUAUAUAAUGGAUUUUUCACAACCACGGAAGGUAUACGGAUCAAAAACAUGGAGUAGUCAGCCAGAGCAGACCGGAGGACCCCACUUGCUCGAUGUUCGCAACGAUCUUGUGGCCAGUUUCACACCUUUGCCACCUGCUCCUCCUCUCGUGCCUCCUACACCGCCACCAGCUCCACCUUUGGCAUUCCCAACCGUGCCGUCACUGAUCGUACCACCCAUUGUUGCUCCGAUAUUGCCCGUUGACAAGCUUUUCAAUCUCAAGCCUGAUCCAAUCAUCCGACGGCAGCACGAUACCGACUGGGAUUUUCUGGAUGACGAUGAUGACGAUCCAAAGCGGCGUGUCAAAAGAGGAGACUAUUACGACGAUGUACAUGGGUCAAAAUCAGGUUCUGCUAUCUCAGAAUCACAUCCCACACCGACUGGUAGCUCAUCUGGACCAUCUGAUGACUACUAUGGUGCAAUCACAGAUGCUGCUCCGAAACCACCGGUGGAAAGCACUCCUUUACAAAAUUGUGUUCACAUUUUAGGAAUCUAUUGAGCGGCGACUUUUUCCCCAAAUAACUUUCUUCUCAUCUGACGGUUGAGGUCUAGUCCAUGCUGAUUUUUGAUCGACCUCACCCACAUCCCUUUUUUUUCCACAUCAUCUCUUUUUUUUCUUUUGUAUACACAUUUUUUCCUGAACAAACGCGGGUGUUUGCAUAUUCUUUCUUUUUAUUGCAUGAAUCAAAUAGUAAAUAUAUACAAUUCAUAACGCUACCUCGUUACACUUGUCGAUGUUUUUCUUGAG